AUGAUUAAUACUGUUAGAAGAAGAGUGAAAGAAGUAUUAGUAACAAAAUAUAAAGAUAUUGGAGCAGAAAAAAAUAAAAGAAAAAAAUCAAAAGGAAUUCAAAUUCUGGCACCAAUGGUUAUGCAUUCUUUUUUAUCAACUAAAGAAGAAAUACAACAAUAUCUUAUUGCAUUUGAAGGAAAUAUACCUAUAUCUGAUAUAUGA